UCUUCUCCCUUCUGCGCUUCGCUCCUUGAGCUGGUGGCGGCUUACCCACGUCGUUUCGCUCGGAUCUGCGUAGCUUCCUCUUGAUUCGAGGAGUGAAGCCGCCUCCUCCUCCUCGCUCCGCCAGGAUCUCUAGGUCUCGUCCCCUCCUCCGCAUUUCUUGGUAGUUUGAGGAAUGGACGGGUUCAAGGCAUCAGGGCUUCGCAAGGUCGGAUCCUACGCUUCGAUAGCGGAGGUCGAUGACCUUGAUCUGUCGCGGCUUCUUGACAAGCCCAAGCUGAACAUCGAGCGGAAAAGGUCAUUCGACGAGAGGUCAAUGAGCGAGCUAUCGAUCAAUGUCAGAAACCUUGAGAACUACGACAGUUUGUACUCCCCUGGAGUUAGGUCCGGGUUCGACACUCCAGCUUCGUCAGCUCGCCACUCCUUUGAGCCGCAUCCGAUGAUUGGUGAAGCGUGGGAGGCGCUGCGGAAGUCAUUGGUGUAUUACAGAGGACAGCCUGUGGGUACAAUUGCGGCAAAUGAUCAUGGCUCGGAGGAGGUCGUAAACUAUGAUCAGGUUUUUGUUCGUGAUUUUGUACCAAGUGCACUUGCUUUUCUAAUGAACGGAGAACCAGAGAUAGUCAAAAACUUCCUUCUGAAAACUCUCCAUCUUCAAGGUUGGGAAAAGCGGAUUGAUCGCUUCAAGCUGGGUGAAGGUGUGAUGCCAGCAAGCUUCAAAGUGCUUCAUGAUCCUGCUCGGAAAACAGAUACUUUGAUUGCCGACUUUGGUGAAAGUGCAAUUGGAAGAGUUGCACCUGUUGACUCAGGAUUCUGGUGGAUCAUUCUCCUUCGUGCCUAUACAAAGUCCACUGGCGAUUUAUCUCUUGCAGAAACACCUGAUUGCCAAAAAGGAAUGAGGCUUAUAUUAGCUUUAUGUCUGUCCGAGGGCUUUGACACAUUUCCUACCCUGCUUUGUGCUGAUGGAUGUUCAAUGAUUGAUCGAAGAAUGGGUAUAUAUGGUUAUCCUAUAGAAAUUCAAGCUCUUUUCUUUAUGGCCUUGAGGUGUGCCUUAGCAAUGCUUAAACAUGAUGCCGAAGGGAAAGAAUUUGUGGAACGAAUAGUGACACGAUUACAUGCAUUGAGCUACCACAUGAGAAGUUAUUUUUGGUUUGAUUUUCAGCAACUAAAUGAUAUAUACCGCUACAAAACUGAAGAGUAUUCUCAUACAGCAGUCAACAAAUUUAACGUGAUACCUGAUUCGAUUCCAGACUGGGUGUUUGAGUUUAUGCCCACUCGUGGUGGCUAUUUUAUAGGUAAUGUCAGUCCAGCAAGGAUGGAUUUUAGAUGGUUUGCAUUGGGCAAUUUUGUUGCCAUUCUGUCUUCUCUUUCUACACCAGAGCAAUCUAUGGCUAUUAUGGAUCUCCUUGAAGAGCGUUGGGAAGAACUGCUAGGGGAUAUGCCUCUCAAAAUAACUUAUCCUGCGAUUGAGAACCACGAGUGGCGAAUCAUCACUGGUUGCGAUCCAAAGAAUACCCGAUGGAGUUAUCACAAUGGGGGAUCUUGGCCAGUUCUCCUUUGGCUGCUCACUGCAGCCUGUAUCAAAACUGGUCGACCACAGAUCGCUCGGCGCGCAAUAGAGCUAGCAGAAAGCCGGCUUUUGAAAGAUGGCUGGCCAGAGUACUAUGAUGGCAAACUAGGGAGAUAUGUAGGAAAACAGGCUAGGAAGCUCCAGACAUGGUCCAUUGCAGGUUACUUGGUUGCUAAGAUGAUGUUGGAAGAUCCAUCACAUCUUGGAAUGGUCUCGCUUGAAGAGGACAAGGCAAUGAAACCUCUGAUAAAAAGAUCAAGCUCAUGGACUUGUUGAAAAAGUUUUAUGGAGAAAUAUGUUCAGUAAAAACAUACUUUUCUUUCGAAUUCACAGCAAUUUCAUCAAUUCACAUCCUUUUAUGUUUCUCACAAAGAAGGCUUUCUUUUGUACAAUACAUGCAACUGCAAUAAGUUCAUUCGUGAUACAAACAUUAGUAGUCUAAAGGAUACAAUCUAGAUCUAUGUGAAGAUUUGAGAGGACUGUCUGAAAAGAUGUGGUUGAUUGCUUUACUCUUAAGAGGAUCUCCAAAGUAUACAAAUUGUCAAGUUUGUUUAGAUCAUAUUUUGAGAAUUGUUGAUUGUGAAUUGUGAUUGCUAAACUACAGAAUUCUCAGAUGUGUUGUGCAA